ACUCUAAAGCCAUCGUGGACGGGAACCUGAAGCUGAUUCUGGGCCUGAUAUGGACCCUGAUCCUGCAUUACUCCAUCUCCAUGCCCAUGUGGGACGAGGAGGAGGAGGCCACCGACGACGGCAAGCAGAAGACCCCAAAGCAGAGGCUGCUGGGAUGGAUCCAGAACAAACUGCCCGAGCUUCCCAUCACCAACUUCAACAGGGACUGGCAGACCGGUCGGGCCYUGGGGGCCCUGGUGGACAGCUGUGCUCCAGGUCUUUGUCCUGACUGGGACCAGUGGGAUCAGACCAAACCGGUGGAUAACGCCCGUGAGGCCAUGCAGCAGGCAGACGACUGGCUGGGCAUUCCUCAGGUGAUAACCCCUGAAGAGAUCGUCGACCCCAAUGUGGACGAACACUCCGUCAUGACCUACCUGUCCCAGUUCCCCAAGGCCAAACUGAAGCCCGGGGCACCCCUCCGGCCCAAACUGAACCCCAAGAAGGCCCGCGCCUACGGGCCAGGUGUUGAGCCAGUUGGAAACGUUGUGAUGAAGAAGGCGGAGUUUACAGUUGAGACCAUCAGCGCAGGCAUGGGCGAGGUUUUGGUUUACGUGGAGGACCCUGCAGGACACAGAGAGGAGGCUAAAGUGACGGCAAACAACGACAAGAAUCGGACCUACUCUGUUUUUUACAUCCCCAAGGUGACCGGCAUGCACAAGGUGACUGUGUUGUUCGCGGGGCAGCACAUUUCUAAGAGCCCCUUCGAGGUGGAGAUCGGCAUGGCUCAGGGAGACUCCAGCAAGGCCACAGCUCAGGGUCCGGGUCUGGAGCCCUCAGGAAACAUCGCCAACAAAGCCACCUACUUUGACGUCUACACAGCAGGCGCUGGUGUCGGCGAGGUCGAGGUGGUGAUCAUGGACCCUGCCGGGAAGAAGAACACGGUCCCGUGCACAAUCGAGGACAAAGGCAACAGUAGCUAUCGCUGCACCUACAAACCCACUCAGGAGGGCCAGCACACCAUCUUCAUCACCUUCGCCGGGGGUCAGAUCAGUAAGAGCCCCUUCACCGUCGUCGUCGGAGAAGCGUGUAACCCCAGCCUGUGCAGAGCCAAGGGUCGUGGUCUGCAGCCAAAGGGCCUGAGGGUGAAGGAGACCGCAGACUUUAAGGUCUACACCAAAGGAGCCGGCACUGGAGAGCUCAAAGUCUCCAUCAAGGGCCCCAAGGGAAUUGAGGAGCCGUGUAAAAGGAAAGAUCUCGGAGACGGAGUGUACGAGUUUGAGUAUUACCCCACUACACCUGGAACGUACAGCAUCACCAUCACCUGGGGAGGACAGCACAUCCCUCGCAGUCCCAUCGAGGUCAAGAUUGGUGCCGAGGCCGGCCAGCAGAAGGUCAGGGCCUGGGGUCCAGGACUGGAGGGAGGCAUCGUUGGUAAAUCAGCUGACUUUGUUGUGGAAGCUGUUGGAGAUAAUGUCGGAACACUGGGUUUCUCCGUGGAAGGUCCAUCUCAGGCGAAGAUCGAAUGCGACGACAAAGGCGACGGAUCCUGCGACGUGCGCUACUGGCCCACGGAGCCUGGCGAGUACGCCGUCCACGUGCUCUGCAACAACGAGGACAUCCAGCAUUCACCAUUCAUGGCUGAAAUCGUCAACCCACCAGCCAAAGACUUCUACCCCGACAAAGUGAAGGCGUACGGUCCAGGCCUUCAGAGCAGUGGUCUGGCUGUUGGGAAGCCCACUGAGUUCACUGUUGAUGCCAAACAAGGAGGAAAAGCCCCUCUGAAGAUUUUGGCUCAGGAUGGAGAAGGAAAUCCUGUGGAGGUCCAGGUUAAAGAUAACGGCAACGGCACAUACACCUGUACGUACACGCCACGUAAACCGGUGAAACACACCGUCAUGGUGUCCUGGGGAGGAGUCAACAUCCCCGACAGCCCAUUCAGGAUGAAUAUUGGAGCCGGCUGCCAUCCAAACAAAGUGAAGGUGUCCGGACCUGGAGUCGCCAAGACCGGCUUGAAAGCUUUUGAGCCGACAUACUUCACUGUUGACUGCGCCGAAGCAGGUCAAGGUGACAUCAGCAUAGGGAUCAAGUGUGCCCCCGGUGUGGUGGGACCUGCAGAGGCCGAUAUCGACUUUGACAUCAUCAGGAACGAUAACGACACGUUCACUGUCAAAUACACUCCUCCUGGUGCCGGCAGCUACACCAUCAUGGUGCUGUUUGCUGAACACGCCAUUCCGAUGACGCCCAUCAGAAUCAAAGUGGAUCCUUCUCAUGAUGCCAGCAAAGUUAAGGCCGAAGGACCAGGACUCAGUCGUAGCGGGGUUGAAUUAAACAAACCCACUCACUUCACUGUGAACACUAAGGGAGCCGGAAAGGCCAACCUGGACUGCAACUUCACCGGCCCAACCAAAGCAGAAGCUGUCUCAGACUUUGAGAUCAUAAACAACCACGACAACACACACACUGUGAAGUACACACCUGUGCAGCAGGGUUCUCUGGGAGUUGCUGUGACCUACGGUGGAGAUCACAUUCCUAAGAGUCCUUUCAACGUCGCAGUGGCGCCCACUCUGGACCUCAGCAAGGUCAACGUCACGGGCCUGGGAGACAAGAUGACUGUGGGUAAAGACCAGGAAGUGACGGUCAAAUCGAAGGGUGCCGGAGGUCAGGGAAAAGUUGCUGCCAAAGUGACCGGACCAUCAGGAAAGCCAGUGGCUAGUAAAGUGGAGCCUGGCCUGAGCCCAGAGACCAGUCAGGUGAAGUUCAUCCCUCGUGAUGCCGGGCCGUACCAGGUCGAGCUGACCUAUGAUGGCGUUCCAAUCCCUGGAUCGCCCUUCAGCCCCACAGCUUAUCCUGCUACGGACCCCUCCAAGGUACGUUGCUCUGGACCAGGGUUGGAGCGUGCCAAGGUUGGGGAGACCGGGGAGUUCAUUGUGGACUGCACCAACGCCGGUCCCGCCGAGCUGACCAUCGAGAUCAUCUCUGACAGCGGCACCGAGGCAGAGGUUCACAUCCAAGACAACGGAGACGGGACCUACACCAUCACCUACAUUCCCCUCUACCCCGGGGCGUACACGCUCACCAUACGCUACGGUGGCCAGGAUGUGCCAAACUUCCCUGCUCGGCUGGCUGUGGAGCCUGCGGUUGAUGCCAGCGGCGUCCGCGUGUUCGGACCAGGAGUGGAGGGCAAAGGAGUUUUCCGCGAGGCCACGACGGACUUUACCGUGGAUGCCCGUGCUCUCACGCGGACCGGAGGCGACCACAUCAAAACCCUCAUCAGCAACCCGUCUGGCAGCCGCACGGACGCCCUGAUCGCCGACCUCGGAGACGGAACGUACAACGUGGAGUACACGCCCUACGAGGAGGGCCCACACAGUGUGGAGGUCUGCUACGACGGCUCUCCGGUACCCAACAGUCCGUUCAGAGUUGGAGUCACCGAAGGCUGCGACCCGGCUCGGGUCCGUGUCCACGGUCCUGGACUGAAAAGUGGAAUCACCAACAAGCCGAACAAGUUCACCGUGGAGACCCGAGGCGCAGGAACUGGUGGUCUUGGUCUGGCUAUGGAAGGUCCAUCGGAGGCCAAAAUGGCCUGCAUUGAUAAUAAAGAUGGCAGCUGCAGCGUGGAGUACAUCCCGUACGAACCUGGCACCUACAACCUCAACAUCAACUAUGGAGGACAGCCGAUCACGGGUAGUCCGUUCUCGGUGCCCGUCAGCGACACGGUGGACAGCACCAAGGUGAAGUGUCAGGGUCCCGGCCUGGGCAACAACGUCAGGGCCAACAUCCCGCAGGCGUUCACCGUGGACGCCUCCAAAGCUGGAGUGGCACCGCUGCAGGUCCGCGUGCAAGGACCCAAAGGUGUUGUGGAGCCGGCGGAGGUGGUGGAUAACGGUGAUCAGACUCACACGGUCAACUAUGUCCCCACCAGAGAGGGACCUUACUCUAUUAAUGUCCUGUAUGCUGAUGAGGAGAUCCCACGCAGCCCUUACAAGGUGAAGGUCCUCCCGACCCAUGAUGCCAGUAAGGUGCGCGCCAGCGGACCCGGCCUCAACACCACCGGAGUUCCCGCCUCUCUGCCGGUGGAGUUCACCAUCGACGCCAAAGACGCUGGCGAGGGUCUGCUGGCGGUGCAGAUCACCGACCCAGAGGGGAAGCCUAAGAAGGCCAACAUCCGUGACAACAACGACGGGACCUACCUGGUGUCUUACGUGCCGGACAUGACGGGCAGGUACACCAUCCUCAUCAAAUACGGAGGCGACGAGAUUCCGUACUCGCCGUACCGCAUCAGAGCCCUGCCCACCGGAGACGCCAGCAAGUGCACAGUCACAGUCUCAAUCGGAGGUCACGGUUUAGGAGCCGGCGUUGGUCCGACCAUCCAGAUCGGCGAGCAGACUGUCAUCACGGUCGACGCCAAGGCCGCCGGGAAGGGCAAAGUCACGUGCAGCGUGUGCACCCCCGAGGGGGCGGAGCUGGACGUGGACGUGGUGGAGAAYGAGGACGGCACGUUCGACAUCUUCUACACGGCGCCGCAGCCCGGCGAGUACGUGAUCUGCGUCCGUUUCGGAGGGGAGCACAUUCCCAACAGCCCCUUCCAAGUCACGGCUCUGGAGGGACCAUCAGAUCAGCUCCUCAUGCAGCAGAGACAAAUGCCCCAAUACUACGCUCAACAACCCUGGGCAACCGAUCGGCCAAUGGGGAUGAACGGUCUGGAUGUGGCCGGGCUGAGACCUUUUGACCUGGUCAUCCCGUUCACCAUCCAGAAGGGAGAGAUCACAGGCGAGGUCCGAAUGCCGUCGGGCAAGGUGGCCAAGCCAGACAUCACUGACAACAAGGACGGCACAGUCACCGUCAAAUACUCCCCGACGGAGGCCGGUCUGCACGAGAUGGACAUCAAAUACGACGGCAUCCACAUCCCGGGAAGUCCUCUUCAGUUCUACGUGGACUACAUGAACAGCGGAAACGUCAGCGCGUACGGUCCUGGCCUGAUCCACGGCACCGUGAACAAGCCCGCCGUCUUCACCGUGAACACUAAAGACGCCGGAGAAGGUGGUCUCUCUCUGGCCAUCGAGGGUCCGUCCAAAGCGGACAUCAGCUGUGUGGACAACCAGGAUGGUACCUGCACCGUGUCCUACCUCCCAGUCCUGCCGGGCGACUACAGCAUCCUGGUCAAAUAUAACGACAAGCACAUCCCCGGCAGCCCCUACUCUGCCAGGAUCACCGGUGACGACUCCAUGAGGAUGUCCCAUCUGAAGGUGGGCUCGGCUGCCGAUAUCCCCCUGGACAUCGGAGAGUUUGACCUCAGCCAGCUGACCGCCUCCCUCACCACGCCUUCGGGACGCGAGGAGCCCUGCCUGCUGAAGAUGCUGCGGAACGGGCACGUCGGCAUCUCCUUCGUGCCCAAAGAGAUCGGGGAGCACCUGGUGAACAUCAAGAAGAACGGCCGCCACAUUCCCAGCAGCCCCAUCUCCGUGAUGAUCAACCAGUCGGAGAUCGGCGACGCCAGCCGGGUGCGUGUGAGCGGGCAGGGCCUGAGCGAGGCCAGGACCUUCGAGCCCGCAGAGUUCAUCAUCGACACUCGAGACGCAGGAUACGGUGGCCUGAGCCUGUCCAUCGAGGGACCUAGCAAAGUGGACAUCAACACCGAGGACCAAGAGGACGGCACCUGCAAGGUCACCUACUGCCCCACUGAACCAGGAAAUUACAUCAUCAACAUAAAAUUCGCCGACCAGCAUGUGCCAGGGAGCGCGUUCACGGUGAAGGUCACCGGGGAGGGCAGGAUGAAGGAGAGCAUCACCAGGAAGAGGAGGGCAGCGUCCGUCGCCAACGUCGGCAGUCAGUGUGACCUCAGCCUGAAGAUCCCAGAGAUCAGCAUAUCGGACAUGACAGCUCAGGUGACCAGCCCGUCCGGUCAGGUCCACAAAGCUGAAAUCAUGGAGGGCGACAACAACACCUACUGCAUCCGCUUCGUCCCCACCGAGACGGGCGUGCACACGGUGUGCGUCAAGUACAACGGCGUGCACGUGCCCGGAAGCCCCUUCCAGUUCACCGUCGGGCCCCUGGGCGAGGGCGGCGCUCAUAAGGUCCGUGCUGGAGGACCGGGUCUGGAGAGAGCCGAGGCCGGGGUACCAGCCGAGUUCAGCAUCUGGACCAGGGAGGCCGGAGCCGGCGGUCUCAGUAUCGCCGUGGAGGGUCCGAGCAAGGCCGAGAUCGCCUUCGAGGACCGCAAGGACGGGUCCAGCGGAGUGUCUUACAUCGUGCAGGAGCCUGGUGACUACGAGGUGUCGAUCCGCUUCAACGACGAGCACAUCCCCGACAGCCCGUUCGUCGUCCCCGUGGCCUCGCCGUCGGACGACGCUCGCCGCCUCACUGUUGCCAGUCUUCAGGAGUCGGGUUUGAAAGUAAACCAGCCGGCAUCGUUCGCCGUCAGCCUGAACGGAGCCAAAGGCGCCAUCGACGCCAAGGUCCACAGUCCAUCCGGAGCGCUGGAAGAGUGCUGCGUCACCGAGAUCGACCAAGAUAAGUACGCGGUCCGGUUCAUCCCCAGAGAGAACGGCCUCUACCUGAUCGACGUCAAGUUCAACGGGAGCCACAUCCCGGGAAGUCCGUUUAAAAUCCGGGUUGGAGAGACGGGACAGGCUGGAGACCCAGGCAUGGUGUCCGCCUACGGACCAGGACUGGAGGGAGGAACUACAGGAUCAGCAUGUGAGUUUGUGGUGAACACGAGCACCGCGGGCCCCGGGGCUCUAGCCGUGACGAUCGACGGGCCCUCCAAGGUCAAGAUGGACUGUGUGGAGUGUCCCGAGGGCUACAAGGUCACGUACACCCCCAUGGCCCCCGGCAACUAUCUCAUCUCCAUCAAAUACGGCGGACCGUACCACAUCGUCGGAAGCCCGUUCAAAGUCAAAAUCACAGGGUCUAAGCUGGUGUCCAGCCACAGUUUGCACGAAACCUCCUCCGUCAUGGUCGACCCCAUAACCCGCGCCAUCAGCUGCUCCCAGCAGGCCGCUCCCGCCCAAUCAGACGCCACCAAGGUGACGGCUAAAGGUCCCGGCCUGAGCAAGGCCUUCGUCGGUCAGAAGAACAACUUCUGUGUGGACUGCAGCAAAGCCGGGCGGAACAUGCUCCUGGUCGGCGUCGACGGUCCCAAAGUCCCCUGUGAGGAGAUCCUGGUGAAACAUCUGGGCAACCGCGUGUACAACGUCAGCUACCAGCUGAAAGAGAAGGGAGAGUACAUCCUGGUGGUCAAAUGGGGUGACGACCACAUCCCCGGCAGCCCCUACCACCUGACCGUCUGAAACCCCGGCCAACAGAAACAAAACCACUGCUACAAACUGCUCCAAUCCGACCCAUUGUUUACAGCGCCGACACUUCCCCCUCGUUACAAAUUAAGAUUUGUAUUUAACUCCUCCCCUCAGCCCGUUUGUUUCUGUUCAGUCCAAAGACCACGCACCUUUCUGUUGUAAACCAGCAGCCAGUUGUGCCUCAGACUAUUUUAGGUUUUCAGACGUAUUUUCUGACCUGAAAGUAGCGCAGGAAGUAGAGUCGGUGUAGAAAAUAGUAGUUUGGCCUCCAGUUUUGGAUGGAAGGUUGCCGUUUACACUGGAGGAGCUCUGAUUGAAUUAUUGGAUUUUUGAGCUUCUAGAUCAUUAAUCAGACUAAAACCAGUCAGCUUUCUUGUUUGGGUCUGUUCAUGAUUAGCCUUAAAGGAAAAAAAAAACACCUCUUAAUAUUUUUUGAUCUUUUACCUGCUGCUUGUGUGAUCCAGUUUUAACCACUGCUGUUAGGAAAGUCGAUCUGAGGAGUGAGACACGUUCAGCUUUCUGUAGCCGCUGCAGCUCGUGUGACGUAAAACUCCUGGUUUGAAUAAAAACCUCCGCACCAUGUUCAGAAUGUUUGUGGCUCUUGAAAAGGGAAGUUUUCCAAUCGGUGCGCUGGAACGAGGCGUUUAAAAAGUUGGGAUUUGUUUUUAUUUUGUAGGCACGAUGACCAAAAACGUUACUUUUUUUUCCUGCGGAGUGUUUUGUGCAUCACACCCUCCUUUUCUGCCUCCUCUUCCUCACUUUGUGCCUCUGGUAAUCUGUACUUCAGAACAACAACAACAAAAAACAGAAUCUUAUCUGAAAUUAAAAUGCUUUAAAAGUGAUUGUAAGACAGUAUUUUGAUAAACAAUAAAGUAUUUUUCUGUCAAACUGC